AUGGCCGCAAGUGCUGCAGUACCUGUAACCUCUGCUUCACCUGCACACCGGCUGGGUAUGAGCCCAACGCCCGUGGUGGAGCGUGAGACUCGUGGCCCGAACUACGAGCAGCUUCCCCCUGAGCCACUCCGAGAAGAUCAUGGUGUGGGUGCACAGCAGAGAGAGAGUCCGCUGCCAAACGGGGUUUCGUCAGUGAACUUUUAUAGUCCUGGUGGAGUGAGCCCAGCAGUUGGAAAUGGUACGAGCAACUCAGCGGCGGUGACCGAUCACCAGCCGCGUCAGCUUCCUGUGGAUGGAACAGCGGCAUCACCGCCGACGCUCCCGUUGGAGCGGACCGGACCUCGGACGUCAGUGCUGGAGAUAACCGGAUCGGCGCGCGACGACACGCAGGCGCAGUGGAGAGUUAGUGAUGUGGCGGCUACGAUCUCACCGCCGCCACCCUUUUUGUCGGCACCACCUGGGAGCCCAUCGCUACCUGAUCAAGAUCCUCGACCUCCGUCAAGCAGUGGUUCAGCGGCGGGGAUUUCUCCAGAGUGGACUCAGGUAUCCGAGGCCAGACAGCUUCGACAGCAGCUGGAACUUCAAGAAGCUCGUGCGCUAACGGAAGCGCCUCCUCCGUUCACCUUCGUGGGUUGGUACCCGCCGUCUGUUGAUCGGCCGCGGGAUGAGCUGAAGCGUCUUGGUGGUGCUCAGGAGUCGAUCUACAUCAAGGUGAACGCCCUACUGGUGGAUAAUGAGUUCCAGGAUGUUCGGCAGGUGUUGUCCUGGGGAGCGGCAUCGGGAAGGAUCACUACAGUGAUCGCACGUGAUUGUCAAGGCUCCCAUCUGGAUCAGAGCGUGGGUGGUUCACACCGAGGCAAAGUUCACUUUCUUCAUGCUUUAUUUACCGCGGGCCAAACUGUGCGUGGACAGGGGGCUGUAAGGCUCUUGAUCGAGGACUGGGAUAGGGUUUGUCGUGGAUCGGAUGAAGGUGAUGAUGAGAUUUGGCGACUUGGCGGGAUGUUCGGAUGCGCGGGAGUAUGUGAAGGUCAGCAGCCGAUUCGUCGAGACUGCUCUGUGUGCGUUCGCGGCAGUGCCACUGGCACCGAGGCGGAGAUUGAUGAGGUGAUCGGGCUUGCAGUGGCCGUCAAGACCGUCAAGAUCUACCACCGGGUGAUCGGGCAAAUCGUAGCAGUCGUGAUGCGCAAUGACGCCUUCCAUGCGGGGACCAAGGGUAAGGGGAGAUCCACUGCGGCUACCACGACAACCUCUGGAACCGAGCAGGUGGAUGAGUUGAGGUUGAAGGCAAUGAGAGUGGCCAAGGCGGAAGCGAGGGAUGGCGAAGACCCGGGUGUUCUGUUGGAAGUUUCCGUGGCUGGAGAUGAGCAAAGGGUGUUACACCAGACCCCCACUGGAAGCAUCAUCGUGGACACCAAGGCGCAGCAUGAGGCCCAAACGAUAGCGGCGGCGAUCAUAGCAGAGCUGGAGAUGAAGAAGGUCGAGGAGCUGAGAGCGCGAACCGAAGACCUCAGAACGGAGCUGAAUGCGGUGCGGAUGAUUGAAGUGAGGAACUCGGACUGGCGAGUCUUGUUGGCUCGAUACGCGGAGGAAGGCAAGGCGGUGGAUGUGUUGCAGGCUCUUUACAAGUCGACCAUCUUCGAAGGGAGAAUGAGGAAGCGGGUUUUCAAGUCGGACGCAUGGGUCUGUACGGGCAAGAACAAGAAGCAGGAUCCGCUGCAAACGCUGGUGGGAGCAAGUUCCUCGCAGCUACCGGGUGAAGCGGUUGUGAUCAACGUGGACGCGGGCUUGGACAACGGAUGGAACAUGAAGGGGGGCGAGCCAGCAACAGCCGAUGGUUUCAAUGGCUACAAGCACGACACCGAGAUCGAGUUGAUGGCAAAGCAGCUCUUCCUGCAUCUGGUGAGCUACACAGCCAUGGAGGGGAUGGAACCAUUGUUUGCUUUUGGGGCCCCAUCCCACUAUGAGGCGGUGUGGAAGCAUAAGCUGAUCGGGGACUUUGAAGAGGUGGUAAAGGACAUCGGCAUUUCAAGAGUGCAAGUCAAGCAAGAAGAGCCUGGACACUCAAUGAAGGCCCCUACCACCAUCUUGCAGAACCUGGACCUGAGCUACCUGGAUGGCACGAAGGACCAACGAUCGCAGCUCCAAAAGGAAGGAGCAGGACUGGGUCUUCGAGAAGAUCAGUGGAGCCCAGGACUUCGGAGAGCUAUUGUUGAUGGCAUUCGAAGCAAGGGUGUGGGAGACGGCCGAGAUCGAGGUGACCCCGGAGAAACCAUGGAGUUGCGCAAGCUCACGAAAGAACAGGGCGCACAAAGCAAGAAAGUGCGUAUGUGUUGGCGUAGAAAUGAGAGUGACGUCCAAGAUGCCUGCGGCUCGGGGUAUAAGUUCUUCCUCGCCGCCGCCUACACGGCCUACACCAAGCCAAGGUUUGCGGAUCAGGAGCCCCCGAAGGAGUUUGAGGCUGGAGACCUGGCGGAUGCAACCUAUGACUUUGCUGGCCUUGAACUUGAUCCCCUACCGCCGGAAGUACAAGAGGGAGACCACUUGUCGGACUACGAGCCCUCUAUGCCAGGUGAUGGAGAGGAGUUGUCGGCAAAGAAGAUCACCGCAAAGGACUCUGGAAGUUGGUUGUGGGAUGACGACGCCGAGGCAGAGGAGCAGCAAAAGAAGGAUGAGCUUGAAGAUGAGUCCGGCGAAGGCAAUGCAGGAAUACCAAUGGACCACCUAUACGUCGCCAAACCACUGAAGGGCAAGAGUGGCAAGCAGAUGGACGAAGCUGGUGAGCUUGAAGGGGCAGCAUCAGAGGUCGGGCUCGUCCCAGAGACUUCCUUGCCGAACAAGUGGCCUCAUAACUUGGUGCUUGAGCGUGACGUCAGGGAGGAGAAAGCGUGCUGUAAGAGCAUCCACCUUCAGUCGGGUUUGCCCUGCGACUUCCACACGUACUCCUACCCUUACGCAUGCCUCUCGCUCUCCUUUGACCGAGCGAGCCACUCUGACAAGGCAAAGUCACAGUGGGAAGUUCUUACAAAGGCUCCUUUUGAGGGAAUCCGUGCGUGUUUUGGACAGCUAAGCUAUUACCGCAAGAAGGGACCCUCGACAAGGGCUCUGGAUCCGAACCUUCAGCCUGGUUUGAAUUUUGGGGUGGAAGGCCCUCCAGUCUUUCCUGUGGCCAACGCUAAUCACCGCGCCCUGGUUGAAGGGGCUGCAGAGGGCGAGCUCCCAGACAUCCCGCUUCAGGAGAUGCCGUAG